UUUCUUUUGUGACACCUUCAUUCGAUUCAAUUAAACCCUGUGUUAGCUAGGUCAUCGAAUUAUAUUCACUUUACCCUCUUUCUUCUUCAUCUUCAAGUUUUUCUCUCAGUUCCUCUGUGAAUCAAAUCGGAAUAAUGGAUCAAAACUUCGAUUUCAACGCUCCCCAUUCCAUGGGAACCACUAUCAUCGGCGUUACCUACAACGGCGGCGUCGUUCUUGGAGCCGACUCCCGAACCAGCACUGGAGUAUAUGUUGCCAAUCGUGCAUCCGACAAAAUCACACAGCUCACUGAUAAUGUCUACGUUUGUCGCUCUGGAUCGGCUGCAGAUUCUCAGGUUGUCUCUGACUAUGUGCGCUACUUUCUCCAUCAACACACGAUUCAGCUCGGACAACCUGCGACAGUCAAGGUUGCUGCAAACCUUGUUCGGCUUCUCGCAUAUAACAACAAGAAUUUCUUACAAACUGGGUUAAUUGUUGGUGGUUGGGACAAGUAUGAAGGUGGUCAGAUUUAUGGAGUUCCUCUAGGUGGAACAAUUGUACAACAACCUUUUGCUAUUGGAGGAUCUGGGUCCAGUUACUUAUAUGGAUUUUUUGACCAAGCUUGGAAAGAUGGAAUGACCAAGGACGAAGCUGAGGAACUAGUCAAAAAGGCAGUUUCACUUGCCAUUGCUCGUGACGGUGCUAGUGGAGGAGUUGUCCGAACAGUCAUAAUAAACUCAGAGGGAGUGACCAGGAAUUUCUACCCUGGAGAUCAACUGCCGAUAUGGCACGACGAACUGGAGUCUCAUAACUCAUUGCUAGACAUUCUUGGUGCCCCAGAGCCAAUGAACAUAUGAAGUUGGGACUAAAGAGUCAUCGGCUAGAUUAUAUCCCGCGCUGUCAGCCCUUUCUGUGAACUAUUUUAUCGAAUUUGUGUAAUCGUUAUAUUGUUCGGUUAGAUAUUGGUUGUUAUUAUAUAUCCUCAUGUUGUGUACUAUGGAAUGCUUUAUUUCAUUACAUGUGCUCCGAAUCAACCGAUGUUACUUUUUCUUUUUUCGUCUUGGCAGCAGCAGUAAUAAGUAGUGCAA